AUGAGUGUCGUUCGUUCUCCAUCGAUGAAAAUUAGUAUCGCACCAAAGCACCUCGCGAACGCGGCAUACACGAAGACAUUGACGAAAGUGAAGAAAUAUCAGAAGGCCUGUAACCACUGCUGCAGCAAAGGAAGAGGCUGGAGUUUUGAGCUCGAUUUGUGCAGCAUUGUCGCGGGCAUUGGCGCGUUAGUCGUCACUGUGAUCGUUCUGCGAUCCCUUUACCUUUUGUACACGAAACCAGAAGGCACUUGA